AUGCCGACCAUCUUCAGGCAACCACAGCCAGUCGCUUGCUUCUUCUGCCAGUCCGACAUCUCUCCUACUCCUCGGAACCCCCGCUGCUUCCGAUGUCCCCACUGCCUAUGUUGGAACCGCUAUGAUGCAAACGGAGAGCUUGCAUCAGACGAGCCUGCCAUGCACGACGAGAAUCUCAACGCUCGUGCUUUUGCAAUGAGAGCAUCACCCCGCAAGGAUCGCCUUCCCUCCGUGUAUAGGGAUGCUGAAUUUUGCCAUACUUGUCAAACCAACCAGACAUUGAUACAAAACCUGUUGUCAAACUAUCUACCUCCUCCCGAUGAUCCAGCCUACGAGGGGCGAGCAGCUUCCUUUGCGGACCACCAACGGUCCGUAGAAUUUCGAUACCCUCCGGUGUGCACGAACUGUCUUCCCGGUGUGGAAGAGAAGAUUCGCCAGUCGGACCAGAUGGUUCGCGUACGCGCUUUCGGCGGUGCAUUGAAGACUACGAAGGGAACGGACAGCCGGAGACGAACAUCAGGGACGCAAAGAGAGAAAGACAAGCUGGAACGUGAGCUUAAAGCAUGGAAGGUGCGAGGCUAUCUUUGGGCGGGUAGUUUCGCGUGCGCCGUGGUUGGCUAUGCUUCAAUCGCGCUGCGAUGCCAGAUCUCACCACUUCCCGGAGUUUUCCCCGUCUUACUGUCAGUGCUUGUUGUCUUGUCCCUUCUCUGGACCGCGUGGGAUCCCACGUAUGCCGUCACACGAAGAUACCAAUUCCAAGGCAGAGUGGUCCGCGUGCACAAUAAAAACCAACAUGUUAUUAUGCAACUCUUGAUAUGGGUCACAAGGUUAUGCACGGCCUCUGCGCUUACAGCGUCCCAGUACAACCUCUCCUUCGAUCUACUUCAUCUAUGGGAGGAGCCCUCGUCACGUACAGCGCGGAUAUAUUGUUACACCAUGCUAUCCUUGGAGGUUGUGGCCUGCGUCUGGACAACCCUAGUCCUCCGAGUGCAACAUCCGCCUCCUGUCAGACUGGUAGAUUCGAAAGGUCCCGUACGAGCACUGUCGGCCUCCCCUUCCUUACAGUCCACCUCGUCCCGUGGUAGCACUCCCGCGGCAGGCGAGCCUGAAUUAUUUUCAACACUCUCAUUAUCGAACAACCCAGUCGUUGCAGGCCCCUCCCAUAAUCCCAUCUUCGGAGUGCCGUCAUUCAACUCCAACCAGGCCUCGUCCUCUACCCCUCAAUCGUCGCAGAACAUGUCUCCUAGGUCCCCUAGCAUGGACGUUGACAUGGACGACGACAACUGGGACCCCGACGCGAUGGACAUCGACCCCACUACUCCUCACAGGAAGCGCCGCGCCAACGAGGAUGACGCGUCAUGGCUCCGGCCACAGCGUUUCUUCGCACCCGAGGAGCCCACCGGACUGGAGAACCUCUUCGCACGCACGAUUCGCCUCGCCGAUAGCUCGGAGUCGGGUGUGGAGGGGGCGCUGGGCCGCAGACAGUGCGGUAACCAACAGCGGUCGAUGAUGGCCACAUUAGCGCAGGAUUGGCGAAUAUGGGCGGCGUUGUGUUUCGUUCCUCUAUCUGCCGUAGUCUUCAAUGCCUGGGAUGUCCGUAGACGAACCUUCACGCCUAUGCCGCUCCCUCUAUGA